AUGAAGACUUGGCACACCACUUCUGAAAGGUUGCCGACCCCUGCAUUACAGCACGGGAUGAAACCUCCAGGAAUCCAGCUAACCAAAACUGGCAACCCUAUGUGGGGGGCCUGUUCCUCCCCCCUGGGAACCCCCUCCCUUUGGGUAAUGCACCUUGUCCUCCACCUGCAGGUGAGCGAAUUGGUGCAAUACCUGCUGGUCAAGGAUCAGAAGAAAAUCCCCAUCAAACGGGCAGAUAUCCUGAAAAAUGUCAUCAAAGACUACAGAGGCGUCUAUUCUGAGAUCAUUAAGCGAGCCGGCAGGACCCUCCAGCAGGUUUUUGGGCUGCAGCUGAUGGAGAUAGACCCCAAGCAUCACAUCUACAUCCUGGUCAGCAUCCUGCCGCGCCUGGAAGUGGAUAACCUGAAACAGGAUGAUUGCACAGCAAAGCUGGGCCUCCUCACUGUCAUCCUCAGCUUCCUCUUCAUGAAGGGCAAUGCUGCUAAAGAAUCUGCUGUGUGGGAGACAUUGAGGAGACUGCGAGUUGACCCUGGAGUGAGACACGAGGUCUUUGGGGAUGUCAAGAAGUUGGUGACUGAGGAAUUUGUCCGCCAAAAGUACCUGGAAUACAACCGCAUACCCCACACAGAUCCACCUGAGUUUGAGUUCCAGUGGGGAGCACGGGCUGCCAAGGAGACCUCCAAGAUGCAGAUCCUGCGCUUUGUCGCCAAGAUCCAAAACAAGGACCCCAAGGCCUGGAGCACUCAGUACACUGAGGCGGCAGCUGAGGAGGCAGCUGCGGGGGGCCUGUUCCAAGACAUUACCACCCCUGGAGACACUGGUGGGGCCAGCCAGGGGGCACGGAGGAGGACCCGAUGAGCCUUAUCCACUUCACCCACAGGUGGUCUGCCCCAUGAUGCCUUGUGAACCAGCAGACCUGAGAAGUAGGGGAGCUGUGGCCUCUGCCCAUGCUGAGCCUAGCAUCCAGCACCCAAGGGUCCACUGUGGCAGCUGCCUCUGCCCUCCUGAUCUCAGCCCACCUGAGACAUGGCCCAUGGACAAAUGGGUUGUAAAAUGCAGUUUGAUUGUUGUAUAUUGAUGAGCUCAGCUGCAGAGACCACUCCUCACCUUUCUGGAGGGGGGCAUGGGCAGCUUGUGUGAACCCCUCCCUCCGGAGUUGCCAUGGAGUGGGUUUCUGCCGCACGCAGGGGCUGGCUCAGAGCUGGGCACUGACAUGACCUCUGAUCCUUGUGAUUCACCCACGACGCUUUUAAAUAAAGUCCCCUUAGUGGAGUA